AUGGAGAGCGAGAGCAAUCAUAAGCGCGAAUUGCAGGAAAGGUGGACUCCGAACCGACUCGAGAAGGGGAUCAUCAAAAUCAAGAAGCCUGGUCCCAGCUUGUGUGGAGACGACUGGGUAUGCAACAGUAAUGGCGAUGGUGCGACGCUGAGUUUUGUGUUCUGGAAACAUGGCAAAUACUAUGGGCUCACUGUCGGCCACCUUUUCAAAGCAAUUGGCGAUACGGUUCUUUCCUUUAUUAAACCCCCCGUGGACGUGGGUGGUGACGAGGAGAAGAAGGAGUCCGAGGAGGAGAAGGAGCCCAAGGAGGAGAAGGAGCCCGUGUCUUUGCCCGUAUAUGUGAUUGGAAAAGUCGUCUCUUGGUCGCAAUCAACAGAUUCUGUCGUCUUUCAAUUUGUUGACGACAUUGAGGUGGAACCGUACAAGGUAAAGGAGGCAGCGGGCUUGACACGAGACAUUCAUCUCCCGCCUUUGGAAUCCGUAGCCACGGGUCCGCCUCCACCCUUAGCGGCCAAAACUCUGGUUGGCUUUGGUGCCCGCCGUCGUGGAUUUCAUGCGAAAGUGGCUAUUCCUUCGAUGAACCGAGCGAAAGUCGGCCAAACGGAAGUACCGGACGGCGUCUGCAUCACCAAUGCGGAAAGUAGAGACCGGAUCACGUAUCACGGCGAUUGUGGUACAAUUUUUAUUGACUUGGAUUGCAACGGCAUCUAUUUCCAUCACGCGGGAACCCAAGGGGAGCCCUGGAAAUCUUAUGGACAUCCUCUCUGGGACGUUAUGCGCAAACACCCUCAACUUGGAGGCACAAGCGAGACUCCAGAGGAAUAUGAUGUGCGAGACUGCGGCGACAGGAACGUGAAAGAAUCGCACAUCCUGGAGCCCAUUCCCGCAGCAAAUUUUAACGUGCAUGUUGUGCCAGGUCCACCUCGACAACUGGACGGGGGAUCCCUCAAAUGGAAAGGAAAGGUGCAUGUUGUUCCUAACCCAAACAGCAAAAAGAAGAAGACGAACAAGGAAACAGGCUCCCAUCACCAAGUCUUCCUACAGCAGUAA